UUUUCUUUCAAAUUGCAAUGGAAAACAAGCAGUUAUACAUCAAAUAUCUUGAAAAUCAGCCAGUGGAAAUCGAAACCCACUUUGAUGGAGAACUAGAGAGAAAAAGACCACUCAACAAUGUAUCGAAACUAAUUGCAGCCAUCGUUGUCGAACCAACUAGAAGGCUUGCUGGUAUCCCAGAAGACUAUGGGCCAAUCACUCUACAUUUUGUGGUGGAUGGUCCAGCCAUUUCCGGGAAUACUCUGUUGACCUCCAUUCAGGAACCAGUUAGUUCCUACGACCAUCCACUGAUAAUCAAGGCCAAGAGUAAUUUUGUACGGAGUAAAAGUGACCAAGAAUUCAUCGACGCCAAUAAUUUGGCAUUGCAAACCCCAAAUGACGCUUUCAAGUAUUUGAUAUAUCAUCUGGAAAAGAUUGUCAAUGUCUCAAGGUUUCCAAAUAACGCCGUAUUUCACGACAAUUGCUUGGAGCAUCGUCUUGAUAGAAGGAGCACUAGCUAUGCGAUUGACGAUGUCAAUAAUGUCAAACUGUUUCUUGCUGUUUCUGGUGCAGGAAAAACAAGGAUGCUUCUAGAGUUGCUUUAUUCAAACUUUGGGUACUACUUCACUUCCAAGAGCUCUCAAGAUGACUUUGGUUCUAAAGACAUGUAUGAAUGCCGUGUGUAUUGCGACAGUAAACCUGAACUCACUAAGCAUGCUAUCCAACUGUUGUAUUUCGUUCGGGUUUCUGUUUGCAACUACUUGAUAAGCAAGGGAUUCAAGGAACCUUGGCAAAUUCUUCUGGCUCAACUCCAUCCUAUCGCAUUCUUUGGGCUUGACUUGUUUGAGCGUCUUUUUACAAUCCUUGUAAAAGAUCCUGGACUUUCCCCAACUGCUAUUAUAAACCCAUUUCCUUUUACUGCCAUUGAUGAAAUCCAGGCUCUUGCAGAAGGUCUUUGUUUACAUUACCUGCCAGAGAGUAAAAACCUGCGUCCUUUCUUCUCUCCAUUUGUAUACCAUUCCAAAAUGAUGGGAAUAUUUCCUCAUUUCCUACUGUCUGGUACCGGUAUUAACUUUGAAUCUAUCAAAGAGCUAAUGGAGUCCAGUGUUAUGAAGGAUGGUCAAGUCACAGAUUAUGUAGUUAUAUCAAAAUUCCAUCCUCUGAAAAAGCUCGAGGUCGAACAGUAUGCUAGACAAUUUUUACAAGACCAUCAAGUCGAUCAACUGGAUGCUAUUGUAUCAAGAAUUUCAGACUUUGAAUUAUGUCAUGGAAGACCACGUUUCGUAUCGUAUAUUCUGGAUGCAUAUAUGAAAUCAAAUGAUAUUGACACUGCAAUUAGCAAAUUUAUCACUGGAAUAUCCGAUGUUGAUGGCCAGAUUUUCCCGCUUAGAUUCUUGAAAGAUGACCUUGAUAAAAACAUUCGUUCAUUUGACAGAGUCAUUGAUGGUGAUACCCUGUCGAGAAUCAUUCGCGACGCAUUUCUUGAUGCCAUCUGGAAGGGAAAAAUGCAACUUAAUGUAACUGGAAAUGACGUAGCCAACCAUUCUGGUCCUGAUGCUGCCAAUAGUAUCAAGGCAUCCCGAGCUUCUGCAUCCAGCUAUUUACUAUUUGGUGAUUCAAGUCAAGUAUACUUUCCCGAUCAUAUGUGUGGGCCAGAUAUCAUCUACAAGUGUGCCAAUACAAAGACUGUAUACAUUGUCCAAAUCAAAUUUGUCAAGAGAAUGUCAAAACAAGAAGCUGCAAACGCUUACAAUACUACAGAUCCUGAACGCUUUUAUUGCAAACGUAAUGGCGGUGGAGUGUCGAAAAAACUUGAAGUGUUGAAAGGGUUUGAAGAAGAACGAACCUACCUUCUUAGCACUUUGUCGGAACUACACGAAUCAGGCUACUCAUUGCAACAGACUCUGGUUAUUCAUACUGCUGAAAAGAACCCCGUUGACGCUCAAGAUAUGAGAAUCAUCAAUAGUCAAAACUCGCCUCAAUUUUUUGACAAAAUUGGCAACGGUGUUUGGGAUUUUUUGAAUUUAAUUAGAAAUAACCUUCAAUAA